GCUGUUCAAUUAACCCCUCGACGAUGGCUGAACCUGCAGGAGUACCAAAGCAAAAAAAUAAUGGCAGACCAUGGGGUUACAGUUCAGAGAUUCUUUGUAGCUGAUUCUGCAAAUGAUGCCCUGGAGGCUGCUCAGAGACUAAAGGCAAAGGAAAUUGUUCUGAAGGCACAGAUUCUGGCUGGAGGGAGAGGAAAAGGUAUUUUCAAUAGCGGAUUGAAAGGAGGAGUUCACCUAACAAAAGACCCUAAGACUGUUGAACAGCUUGCUAAACAGAUGAUUGGGUACAAUCUGUCAACAAAACAAACUCCAAAGGAUGGUGUGCCUGUUAAAAAGGUGAUGGUUGCAGAAGCACUGAAUAUUUCCAGGGAAACAUACUUCGCCAUUUUGAUGGACAGAGCCUGCAAUGGACCUGUUAUGGUUGGCAGCCCACAGGGUGGUGUUGACAUAGAAGAAGUUGCAGUUACUAGCCCAGAGCUUAUCUUUAAGGAGGAAAUAGAUAUUUUUGAAGGCAUAAAGGAUCAUCAGGCAUUGCAGAUGGCAAAAAAUUUGGGAUUUAAAGGACCUUUGCAACAGAAGGCAGCGGAUCAAAUAAAGAAGCUGUAUAAUCUUUUCUUGAAAAUUGAUGCCACUCAGGUUGAAGUAAAUCCCUUUGGUGAAACUCCAGAAGGGCAAGUUGUUUGUUUUGAUGCCAAGAUAAACUUUGAUGACAAUGCAGAAUUUAGGCAAAAAGAAAUAUUUGCCAUGGAUGACAAGUCUGAAAAUGAGCCUAUAGAGAACGAAGCUGCCAAAUACGACUUAAAAUAUAUAGGACUGGAUGGAAAUAUUGCUUGCUUUGUCAAUGGAGCUGGACUUGCAAUGGCAACAUGUGAUAUAAUAUCCUUGAAUGGUGGAAAGCCAGCCAACUUCUUGGAUUUGGGUGGAGGCGUGAAAGAAGCACAAGUAUAUCAAGCAUUCAAGCUGCUGACUACUGAUCCAAAGGUAAAAAAGGUGGUUUUGGACCAGAAGCUUCCCCGUGCAGCA